GCGCUGCGGCUCUCGCACCAGGCCGGGAACGGGAAGGCGGUCGCCUACACCUACAGCAUGAUGGCGAACGUGGCCCUCAUGCAGGGACAGCUGGACAACGCAGAAAAGCUCUACAAAGCAACUAUGAGCUAUAUGCUUGCUGGGGACACCAAGGAGGAUGACAAUGCAAUCCUUGAGAUGUCCCUCAAGUUGGCCAGUAUCUAUGCUGCUCAGAAAGAGCACAAAUUAGCCCUGGCUGGCUAUCAGUUCUGCAUCCUGACCUUAGAGGAGAAGAUUGCCAAACAAAAGGACUUGCCUGAGGAUGUCUUAUCAGCUGAAGAAAAAGCCAACACCCGUCUCUUGCUGGGGAUGAGCCUAGACGGCUAUGCUCGCUAUCUCCUAAGCAUUAACCAGCUCCCAGUGGCCCAAAAAAUGUACGAGAAGGCUCUGCAGAUAUCAAGUGAUGUUCAGGGAGAGACUCAUCCACAGACUGUGGUCCUGAUGAAUGACUUGGCAACUGUGCUGGAUGCUCAGGGGCACUAUGAUGAGGCAUACUCCUACGUGAAGAGGGCAGCUGAUCUGGCAAAGGAGACACAGCACCCUGAGGAGCACAUGGUGCUGAAUAACCUGGCAGCAAUUCUGAUGCACAAAGAAGACUUUCUGCAAGCAAAGCAAGUGUAUAAAGAAGCUCUCAAGCAGGCAGAACAGAAGGGAGAUGUUGCUUCUGUCCAGCACAUCCAGGAAGAACUAGCUGAGCUGGCCAAGAGGAGAAAGGGCUCCAAAUGAAUUUGGCCAAAGAAUCCAAGCUUGAGGUGGCUGACAGCAGCAAGGGUGGGUCAGUACCAGCAGGCUGGGACAAGUUUGGUGCAAUUCUCAGGGGAAGCAGCAGUGAGGAACUUAUGGACUACUUAACACGAAAUGCUGCUACUGCCUACCUAUUUAGCCCAAAAUAAAAUUGAGAAAUCUUAACUGUAUGUGAAUUUAAAGUUGUGGUGUAGUCUAUGGUUAAAGUGACCCUCUGUGCUAGUGCGUAAACUUAAGUCUUGACUGCCAGCACAGUGGACCUGUGGAACUUGCCUGCUGUUAAUACUUGCAGCAAGGCUUUCAUUUGCUACUCCUGACUGUUCACAGAACUAUUCAGUUUCAAAACUAUAAAGCCAAAUCUUAAAGUCAGUGAUACCUAAUGGUAGGAUGUACCUUUUUUAAGUUUCAGAUUAAGAAACAUGGAUCCAAAUUAAGCUGGGAAUUGUGUAACUCUUUGUGGUGUCUGGUAUAACAGGGCCUGCUCUGUCAGAAAUGAAAGUUACCUUACCCCAGCCAGAGCAUACUAAAUGCCAAAGCUUUCCUCCUUUCUUGGAUAGGUCACCAUCUGCCAUUGCUAGAAUGCUGAGGCUUCCUGCUGGAAAAGAUGGUAUGUCAUAAACUGUCAGUAAGGUAUAUGCCUUCACCUGAAGGUAUUAUGAACAGCCUGCUUAUAGAACAGAACCUUUCAGUUUUGCCCUGCAGGGAAGUGUAAUGUUAAGGACAAAGGGUAAUUGAACCAGAAGUUAUCAAAUCUAUCACUAAGCAAGCAUCAUUUUAUCCUCUCAUUUGAAAGAGGGCUUCAGCUGUUUGAUAUGACCCUAAUGCUCAUUGCAUCACCAUUAAGUUUACUUACAGUGGCAUUAGCAGCUUCAGCUUUGCUCAAUGGUGAGCUAAAGAGAGGUGGCUGUAGGUUUUCUAGAGUCAAUGUUCACUGAAGCUGAAAACUCACAUCUUGAUCUGUCCUCUGCAAGCUAGGAGGAAGUAAAAUAUGGCUGUUAACAGGCAACUUGUACUGACAGGAAGGCCCUAAUACAUUACAGCCAAGCCUUUCUAAAGGGUGUGGGGUUUCUUGUUUAAGUGGCAGACCAUAGAUAUUCCAGUACUGGGAACCCUGCAGCACCCCCUAAGGGGAAGCAUUGUCCUUGUUCUCAUGAACAUAGCUUGAUGCUGCAAAACAAGAGGGAGACACAGGAAAAGCAAAUGGAGAACUGAUCCCCUUUAUUGAUUGGUCUGAAUCCAGAAGUCACUGUCUACUGAAGACAUUGUGUAGAAAAAAAAACUUGAGUUACGAUGCAUGGGUUUUUCAAGUCUUAAAUGAUUUCAUAUCAGAAUCACAAAACAUAAAGAUGAAAGCAUUGUGAAAGUGCUGAUCAGAAAUCAGUUAAAAAUUUGUAGUAAACUACAGUUUGUAAACAUGACUUACGAACACCUUCCUGUUUGAAACAGGUCAGAUGUAAUUCCAUCUUUGAAGGCUACUGGAAUUGUGAUAAACCUUAGGCUCUGGAGAGGCUUUUGCAUUGGAAAAGUUAGAACAUGGAUCACAAACAAGAAAAGCAACACUAUCUUAGGCGCAAAUGCCAUUCAAGCUGUGGUUUAGGGGAAGUAACUAUCCUACUUUGGAUACCUUGCUGCUGCAGCAGCAAUGAAAUGAACAUGCUCUGCUUACUGUACAGUUAGCAAAGACUUUUGCCUGUACAUACCUCUUUCAUGUUGUAGUUGUUAUAUGAAGAAAGUGAGAACAAGUGAGUUUUAGAAUGGAAUUCAGCUCUUCCCUACAAAUUGAAAUACAAAAAAAAAGGGGGGGGGGGCAGAAGAAUUUGUUUUUUGUUUUCCAGUAUAUGUUGCUGGGGGGAGGGGGAUUUAAAUAAGAGCACAGGUCUACAAAUAGGAUGAAGAAUUCACUGUUCUUAGCCAGAAGUGUUAAAGAAGCAGAGGGCAAGAAAGUCUUUCUUUGAGAAAGAUUGCAAGGAGAUUGCCAACUAAGAUUGUGAGGAAGCUGCCAGCUAACCUACUCUGCUGUAUUUAAAAAAAGUAGCAAAAUAAUGCUGUAUUUGCAACACACUAUCACAUUUCCAAAUGAGCUUUCUUGCAACAACUUCUCCCCCACAGGAUCUUUUUUCUGAAAUACUCAAGGUAAAUUUGCUAUUGAUAAAUAACUCUCUACUUCUUCCUGUUUGUAAUUAGACCAUUACAGUCCUUCCAUAAGAUGUAGCACUUACAGACUCAAGGUUACACAGCUACGCUAUUUUACCUUCCACAUAAUGAAUUGCAAAUACAGUGAUAAGUAUGAAAUACUUUGACUGACACAUAACUUCCCAAGGCAAAGACUGUGCUCAAUGAGAUGCAAAAGUAGUUUGGUAUCUCUCAAGGCCCCCUCCCCAGCCCCUGUCAGUGCUAUCUGUAAAUCAGUACUUCUACCCCGGAGGAUUUAAAUUCACUUUCCUGAGGACAACGCAGCAAAAAAUAAGAUGCUUUUGAAGAUGGAUGUCAAAAAUACCUGGUGAUAUCGCUAAUCAGAUGCAUGUAUACAUGAGCUAUAAGCAUAUCAUAGCAGGCAUUGAUAGAUGAAUGAUUAGAGACACUCUUGUCUAGUACCAUAUACAAUAAAAAAAGUUAUUACCCUUACACAUAUUGCACACUUCAGGAGUUAAAGCCAAGCACUUGUAUGGACUUCCACCAAAAACUUGCUUAUAGGGAUGGGUAUUGAGAGGGGGACACAUACUUCAAAAUAAUUUUUUACAUGAAGUCUUUAAAAUCAGACUGAAGGAAGGUAAAAAUCACAGUACCUAUUUCAAACUAGUUGUAAGAGAAGCCAAGUAGUUGACUCAUAUGUUGUUCAAUUAUUCUAUAAAAGCAUUUUGUUUUAUUUAAACUCAGGAUGUAGAGAUUUUUCUUCUUAAAGGAUUUAUCAACCCACCCAGAGCCUCUGUUCAGAUAAGCCAUUUGCUGUGGUUAAAUAUGACAGUAGAAUUUAGUAGCCUGUUUCAACUGCAUACAAUGCAGAAACAGAAAACACUAAGUCUUUUGGGGCACAGUUAAAAUUCCCAGUGUGCAUAACAGUGAGGUAUGCCUCCAGAAGCUGUUACUUUUUUUUUUUUAUCCUUUUUAAAAUGAACCAUAACAUACCCAUGCAAUAAUAUUUCUGCAGUGUUGCUAAAUAAAACCAACUGCACUGAAAAUUUACAAUGUGGCAGAAUUUAAAAUUCAAAGAAAUAUACCAUCUUAUUCCAGCAAACUGGACUAUGUUAAUGUACAGAAUUCAUUAAGGGGUCAGUCUUUAAAAAAAAAAUCAACAUUUUCACAAGAGCUUGUACACCACUGAGAAAAUGUGUCUAGGGAAAAAAAUUAUAUAAAAGCACAAUGCCUGCAAGAAGUGGCAUGGCAUUAAAUAGGAAAUGAACUAGGCUGGUUGGGAGGCUAGAGUUAUGGUUAGGUUAGACUAGGCUGGGCUGGUACAGGGGCUAGGGUUAUGAAGAGUACUCUACACUGGAGAAAAUGC